CUCGGAGCUCGCCUCGCUCGCGGCGGUCGUGACGUCAGGCGCGCCCAGGCUCCUCACUUGUUCUUUGGCAGGUGCGGCACAACUUGUGCGGUCUCGUCCGAGCCCUUCGGUCCCAGCCGAACCAGUGCCCGGCGGGUUCGUAGAGAGGAAAGGUGUGCUCUGCUGUCCCGAUGAAUCCAGGGAAUCCUCCUCCGUAUCCAGGCCCUGGUCCGUCGGCCCCGUACCCACCUUAUCCACAACAACCCAUGGGGCCGCAGGUCUACCCUCCAGGACCUGCAGGGGGACCCUACCCACCACCUCCUCAGGGGUACCCCUACCAGGGCUACCCCCAGUACGGCUGGCAGGGCGGACCUCAGGAGCCUCCUAAAACCACAGUGUAUGUGGUGGAAGACCAAAGGAGGGAUGACCUGGGCCCCUCCACCUGCCUCACCGCCUGCUGGACGGCCCUCUGCUGCUGCUGCCUCUGGGACAUGCUCACCUGACCAGCCCGGCUCUCCUGUCUCGCCAGCUCUGCCGCCACCGCCGCCAGGUGUGCCUGCCCCCAUCUCUUCUGACGGCUGAAAUCAACGACUAGCUCUGCAGAGACACGUCUACCUUCACCACAGUGGGAUUCUAGAUUAGCACGGGUUGCUGCUGGGUAAUUCAGUGACUUGAUCUUUUUAAUACUCAAAAUCCGUUUCUUGUUGGCCUUUCACAAAUGUGCUAAAUGACUUUUAUUUUUUUGGCCAAAGCCUUCGUUAUAUUUAUAAUUUUAAAAUUAUACAUUCAAGGUAGUGUGGCACGAUGUAAUACACCACGGAAUGAUUUCUCUGCUAACACCCUGUAUGUUUCAAUAAAUUUGUCUACACCUCAA